UUAUCAUCAUCGGAUGAGUAAACCAAUCUCACAACACAUAAUGGUGACCAAAGAAAUGGUUUCAUCACUUAACAUCAUCGAAGUGGUACGAGUCACCCCUUCAAACCCCGACUCGUCCGAGUCAGCAACUCUCCCACUCACCUUCUUCGACCUUCUCUGGUACAAACUUCACCCCGUCGAACGAGUCAUCUUCUACAGACUCACCGACGCAACUCGCCCUUUCUUCGACUCAGUCAUCGUUCCCAAUCUCAAAACCUCUCUCUCCUCAUCCCUCUCUCACUAUCUCCCACUCGCCGGCAAACUCGUUUGGGAACAACUUGACACCAAACCAAGCAUCGUCUACUCCCCAAACGACGCCGUUUCAUUCACGGUCGCCGAGUCAAACGCCGACUUCUCACGUUUAACCGGAAACGAACCAUACCCGACCGCCGAGUUACACCCGUUAGUCCCCGAGCUACAUGUCUCCGACGACUCAGCCUCCGCCGUGUCGUUUCAAGUCACCUUAUUUCCAAACCAAGGGUUUUGCAUCGGCGUAAAAGCACACCAUGCCGUUUUAGAUGGAAAAACAACAACCAUGUUUCUCAAAUCUUGGGCGCACGCAUGUAAAAAUCAAGAUUCUUCUCUACCGGAGGAUCUAAUCCCAAAUUACGACCGUACGGUCAUAAAAAGCCCGACGGAUUUGGAUACAGAGAUCCUGAACGCUUGGCACUCAGUAGCCAAAACGUUCGCCGGCGGUAAAGAACCAGAAAACCCCAAGAGUUUAAAGCUCUUGUGGUCGCCGGAGAUAGGUUCCGACGUCGUCCGGUACAUUCUCAAUCUCACUAGAGAAGAUAUUCAAAAGCUUAGAGAACAACUCAAGAGAGAAUCCUCUGUUUCAUCUUCACCAAAGGAGCUUCGCUUAUCCACGUUUGUGAUUGUUUACUCGUACGUUUUGACGUGUAUGAUCAAAGCUCGAGGCGGUGAUCCGAAUAGACCAGUCGGGUACGGAUUCGCGGUGGAUUGUCGAAGUCUCAUGGUUCCACCGGUUCCAUCAAGUUAUUUCGGCAAUUGUGUCUCUGCUUCUUUUAAAAUGCCGUUAAAGGCAGAGACUUUUAUGAGUGAAGAAGGGUUUUUAGCUGCUGCGAGUAUGGUUAGUGAUUUGGUUGAGGCAUUGGAUGAGACUACAGCAUGGAAGAUCCCAGAGAUUUUGGCAGCAUUUAUGACUCUUCCACCAGGAGCACAGGUUCUGUCUGUUGCGGGUUCGACCCGGUUUGGAGUAUACGGGUUGGAUUUUGGGUGGGGAAGACCGGAGAAAGUGGUGGUUGUGUCAAUUGAUCAAGGCGAAGCGAUUUCCUUGGCGGAGAGUAGAGAUGGAAAUGGCGGUGUGGAGGUUGGCUUCUCUCUCAAGAAACAUGUGAUUGUUUACUCGUACGUUUUGACGUGUAUGAUCAAAGCUCGAGGCGGUGAUCCGAAUAGACCAGUCGGGUACGGAUUCGCGGUGGAUUGUCGAAGUCUCAUGGUUCCACCGGUUCCAUCAAGUUAUUUCGGCAAUUGUGUCUCUGCUUCUUUUAAAAUGCCGUUAAAGGCAGAGACUUUUAUGAGUGAAGAAGGGUUUUUAGCUGCUGCGAGUAUGGUUAGUGAUUUGGUUGAGGCAUUGGAUGAGACUACAGCAUGGAAGAUCCCAGAGAUUUUGGCAGCAUUUAUGACUCUUCCACCAGGAGCACAGGUUCUGUCUGUUGCGGGUUCGACCCGGUUUGGAGUAUACGGGUUGGAUUUUGGGUGGGGAAGACCGGAGAAAGUGGUGGUUGUGUCAAUUGAUCAAGGCGAAGCGAUUUCCUUGGCGGAGAGUAGAGAUGGAAAUGGCGGUGUGGAGGUUGGCUUCUCUCUCAAGAAACAUGAAAUGGAUGCUCUCAUUGAUUUGCUUCGUAACGGACUGAAAGAUUAAAUCAUUUUUCUUUCGAAAGAAAAAUAAUGUCAGAAAUGAAAUUUAUUUUCUGUAUUGAUAAGACGAAAUUGUA